GGCGGGCGCUGUCCCCGCCCGGCGCUUGCGGUGCUGCGGCGGCGCCGCCGCUUCGCUUCCGCGGCGGGGCCGGGCCGGGCCGGGAUUGGCCGCGCGGCCGCCUCGCCCCAGAAUGCAGCGCAUGGCGCGUCAUUGAAGAGAGACCAUGAUGGCGGCGGCAGCCGGCGGCGGGGGCGCCCCCGAGGUGAUCGCCCAGCUGGAGAACGCGGCCAAAGUGCUCAUGGCACCACCUUCCAUGGUCAAUAAUGAACAACGCCAACAUGCUGAGCACAUAUUCUUAUCAUUUAGAAAAUCAAAAUCACCAUUUGCUGUUUGCAAACAUAUUUUGGAAACUAGUAAAGUGGACUAUGUCCUUUUUCAAGCUGCCACAGCGAUAAUGGAAGCAGUUGUAAGAGAAUGGAUUCUCUUGGAAAAAGCUAGCAUUGAGUCACUGCGAACAUUCCUUCUAACCUAUGUCUUACAAAGGCCUAACCUCCAAAAAUAUGUUCGGGAGCAGAUUUUAUUAGCGGUAGCGGUGAUAGUGAAAAGGGGAUCAUUAGACAAAUCAAUCGACUGCAAAAGCAUUUUUCAUGAAGUCAGCCAGCUGAUCAGCAGUGGUAACCCCACUGUGCAAACUUUGGCCUGUUCCAUUCUAACGGCGUUGUUGAGCGAGUUCUCAAGUUCAAGUAAAACCAGCAACAUUGGACUAAGCAUGGAGUUCCAUGGUAACUGUAAACGUAUAUUUCAGGAGGAUGAUCUGCGGCAGAUCUUCAUGCUCACAGUAGAGGUACUUCAGGAAUUCAGCAGACGUGAAAACCUCAAUGCUCAGAUGUCUUCAGUGUUUCAGCGUUAUCUUGCACUAGCCAAUCAGGUCUUAAGCUGGAACUUCCUUCCUCCAAAUUUGGGCAGACAUUAUAUAGCUAUGUUUGAAUCCUCACAAAAUGUGAUGCUAAAGCCAACAGAAUCCUGGCGUGAGACCCUCCUGGACAGCAGAGUUAUGGAGCUUUUCUUUACAGUACAUCGAAAAAUCAGAGAAGAUACAGAUAUGGCCCAAGAUUCAUUACAGUGCCUGGCACAGCUGGCGUCUUUGCACGGGCCAGUCUUUCCUGAUGAAGGUUCUCAAGUUGAUUACCUGGCACACUUCAUUGAGGGAUUACUGAAUACUAUCAAUGGAAUUGAAAUAGAAGACUCUGAAGCAGUGGGAAUUUCCAGUAUUAUCAGCAAUCUGAUAACUGUAUUUCCUCGCAAUAUUUUAACGGCCAUUCCAAAUGAACUUUUCUCUUCAUUUGUUAACUGCCUCGCACACCUCACCUGUUCUUUUGGAAGAAGUGCUGCCUUGGAAGAAGUGCUUGACAAAGAUGACAUGGUAUAUAUGGAGGCAUAUGAUAAGUUACUGGAAUCUUGGCUUACUUUGGUCCAAGAUGACAAACAUUUCCAUAAAGGUUUCUUUACCCAACAUGCUGUUCAAGUCUUUAAUUCCUACAUUCAGUGCCAUCUAGCUGCUCCUGAUGGCACAAGGAAUUUGACUGCCAAUGGUGUGGCCUCUCGGGAAGAAGAAGAAAUAAGUGAGCUGCAGGAAGAUGACAGAGACCAGUUCUGUGACCAGUUGGCCAGCGUAGGCAUGCUGGGGAGGAUUGCUGCAGAGCACUGCAUACCUCUUCUCACAAGUUUGUUAGAAGACCGAAUGACAAGGCUCCACGGACAGUUGCAAAGACAUCAGCAGCAGUUACUUGCCUCACCAGCAUCAGGUUCAAUUGACAAUAAAGUGCUUGACGACCUGUAUGAGGAUAUUCAUUGGCUUAUUUUAGUCACAGGCUACCUCUUGGCUAAUGAUACUCAGGGAGAGACUCCGCUAAUACCUCCAGAAGUGAUGGAAUAUUCCAUUAAACAUUCAGCCGAGGUUGACAUCAAUACAACACUUCAGAUUCUGGGAUCUCCAGGAGAAAAGGCCUCUUCCAUCCCAGGGUACAACAGAACUGAUUCUGUAAUUAGGUUGUUAUCUGCUAUUUUAAGAGUGUCAGAAGUAGAAUCUAGAGCAAUAAGGGCAAAUCUCACACACCUCCUGAGCCCCCAGAUGGGUAAAGAUAUUGUAUGGUUCCUCAAGCGCUGGGCAAAGACUUACCUCCUAGUAGAUGAAAAGUUGUAUGAUCAGAUAAGUCUGCCAUUUAGUACAGCAUUUGGUGCUGAUACAGAGGGUUCCCAGUGGAUUGUGGGUUACCUUUUAGAAAAAGUGAUCAGUAACCUGGCAGUGUGGAGUUCAGAGCAGGACCUUGCAAAUGAUACUGUACAACUGCUAGUAACAUUAGUGGAAAGGAGAGAGCGGGCAAACUUAGUUAUUCAGUGUGAAAACUGGUGGAAUUUAGCUAAACAGUUUGCAAGGCGAAGCCCUCCUCUUCACUAUUUGUCUAGUUCUGUGCAGAGAACACUAAUGAAAGCUUUAGUUCUAGGAGGUUUUGCUCAUAUGGAUACAGAAACAAAGCAACAAUACUGGACAGAGGUUCUUCAACCACUUCAGCAGCGAUUCUUGAAUGUGAUAAACCAAGAAAACUUUCAGCAGAUCUGCCAGGAGGAGGAAGUGAAGCAGGAAAUCACUGCUACAUUAGAAGCACUCUGUGGCAUUGCUGAGGCUACCCAGAUUGAUAACGUAGCAAUUCUAUUCAAUUUCCUAAUGGACUUCCUUAAUAAUUGCAUUGGAUUAAUGGAAGUAUACAAAAACACACCAGAGACUGUUAAUCUCAUAAUAGAAGUCUUUGUUGAAGUUGCACAUAAACAAAUUUGCUAUCUUGGAGAGGCCAAAGCCAUGAACUUGUAUGAGGCCUGCCUAACUCUGCUCCAGGUAUAUUCCAAGAAUAAUCUAGGUCGACAACGGAUAGAUGUUACAGCAGAAGAAGACCAGUACCAGGAUCUCCUUCUUAUUAUGGAGCUUCUCACUAAUCUUUUAUCAAAGGAAUUCAUAGAUUUCAGUGAUACAGAUGAAGUAUUUAGAGGACAUGAGCCUGGGCAAGUUACAAAUAGAUCUGUAUCAGCAGCAGAUGUUGUCUUAUAUGGGGUUAAUCUAGUUCUGCCUCUAAUGUCACAAGAUCUGCUGAAGUUUCCAUCUCUGUGUAAUCAAUAUUAUAAAUUAAUCACUUUCAUAUGUGAGAUAUUCCCUGAGAAGAUUCCACAACUUCCAGAGGACCUCUUUAAGAGCCUAAUGUACUCACUGGAGUUAGGGAUGUCAUCAAUGAGCUCAGAGGUUUGCCAGCUCUGUCUGGAAGCUGUAACACCAUUAGCAGAACAAUGUGCAAAAGCACAAGAAACAGAUUCAACUCUUUUUCUAGCAACAAGGCACUUUCUUAAGAUGGUUUUUGAUAUGCUGGUACUUCAGAAGCACAAUACAGAAAUGACAACUGCAGCAGGUGAAGCAUUCUACACAUUAGUGUGUUUGCAUCAGGCUGAAUAUUCAGAGUUAGUUGAAACAUUGCUAUCAACUCAACAAGAUCCAGUAAUUUACCAGCGGUUAGCAGAUGCCUUCAACAAGCUUACUGCAAGCAGCACUCCUCCUACACUGGACCGUAAGCAGAAGAUGGCCUUCUUAAAGAGUUUAGAAGAAUUCAUGGCAAAUGUUGGUGGACUUCUCUGUGUAAAAUAAACAACAAAACUCUAUGCCUAAUUUAGACCCUUUCUGCAAAAUGCACUGAGAAAUGCUGAAUGCUGACUAAAUCUUGUACCUGUCUCUGGGUUCUUUGCAGCCAUCUCAGAUUCUAGAGAGCCUGGAAGUUUGAACAUAACACCACGGAAUAGGAGAGGUCAACUUUGAAUCAGCUUCUGCUAUUAUGUGUUAGCUGCAAUCUGUCAUACUUGGGUGUGGAAGAGAAUGAACAGAAAAUCUGAAUUGAGUUUUUUUCCAUUUAUGUGCAAACAGAUAUGGGCACAAUGAAAUAAAUGCAGUGCCUUUCCCCCUGCACUGGUUUAAAAUAUGAGUGGUCAUGUAAACAUACAGAUUUCUUUUCUACCCAAAAUCAUGUUAGAGUGUGAAGCAGAUACAUAUAAAGCUCUAAACAGUUUAGCUGAUUUUAAGGUUUAUUUUUCCUCUCUUAAAGUUUGAGUUUGUGUUCCAAUGGGGA